UGCAGCGCGCACAUGCGGCGUAGCUUUCCGCACCCGUUCCGCCAAUGAGAAAAAGUAAGAGUGCCCGAGACACAUAUAAUGCGCGAUAACACCCCCCCCCCCUUUUCUUUUUUUUUUCUAAAAAAGAAACCUUACAGUGAGAGACCCUGAUAGACACAACCACAGUGUGAAGAGGAAAGGACUGGGAGUCACAUUACACAGUAACCUGCAAACGUGUUUGAUGUUUGUGAAGGUAGUAGGAGGGCGUGUAUUCGCUAUUAGUGGGUGUGUACAUACACCUCUAUACUUUGACAGCGCUGUCCGUGACUGUCUGGCCGUGGAUAGUCGUUUUUUCUGAAAAUAGCUCGUUCUCUAGCUGUGGCACAUCACGCUGCUGAACCAAGACGCUCAUCACUGGUCAGAAAAAUAGGAGAGGCGAUCUCUAUCGCCGCAUAGCAGGAAACCCUAAGAAGUGUUGGCAGCAUUGAACACAACUAAUAUCACAGCUUCGAAGAAGUGGGUUUGCACAAAUGUCCCAUGUCCUGCGCGCGGACCAUCUUCUCCGUGCUUUUGGCUUCCUGGUUUUAAAGAUUAAACAUUAAGCCUGUAUCGACAAGAAUUCCACACCUGCCUAUUGAUACAAAGAGAGGGCUAAAUCAAAUAUCAAUAAAGCGAUUUUUAAAUACAGCAUUCCACAACAAGAAAGAUGGACAGCAGUCCUGGGGGCGUGAUUCUGUACGCCAGGUCCACGGGCAGUGCCAGCCCCGGCCCGGGCAGCCCAUCCAGCGGCUACCAGACCCAGUCCCAGCCCUCCUCCCCAGAAGAGGUGUCCUUCACUGAGCUUGGGGUGCUGAAGCACAGGGGCUGCCCUCCUUCACCCGAAACGGUCUUCCAGUUCCCCGAGGUUACGCUCCCCCCCGCCCCAGCCCCUGCCUCGGCCACCCCGGUCACCCACGACAACCACCCAAUCGCAGGCAAGAGGUCAACUGGGUUCACAGGCACUUUCACCAAGGCUGGUGGUAUGGUGUUGCUGUGUAAGGUUUGUGGGGACGUGGCGUCGGGGUUCCACUACGGUGUGCACGCCUGUGAGGGCUGCAAGGGCUUCUUCCGCCGCAGCAUCCAGCAGAACAUCAGCUACAAGAUGUGCGUGAAGAACGAGCACUGCCUGAUCAUGCGCAUGAAUCGCAACCGCUGCCAGCACUGCCGCUUCAGGAAGUGCCUCUCCGUGGGCAUGUCCCGAGAUGCGGUCCGAUUUGGGCGGAUCCCGAAGCGAGAGAAGCAGAGGCUUCUGGACGAAAUGCAGAACUACAUGAACAGCCUGAAUGACUCUGCCUCCAUGGAGAUAGACUCCCCCCCCCCGCCCGCCGAGGCCCCGCCCAGCCCGGGGGACAGCCAAUCGGAGGAGGCCAUCGGCGCCAUCUCUCGGGCCUAUCAGGACAUCUUUGUGAGCGGCCAGGACAGGCUGGGGCAGAACAGCAACCACACCCCCCCGACCCCCCAGGACUGCCCCCGUGCCCCCUGUUGUGCCCACCCACCGGAGGGGUCUGCCUCCUGCCCCGCCCCAGGGUAUCGAACCCCACCCUGCUGCCCCGCCUCCCUGCAUGACAACAACCCUUCCUUCGCUUAUGUUGACAACGGCCGCUACAGCCUGCCAGCUUCCUCCAAUCAGAGCCAUUCCCAGUCCAGUGUGGACCCACCCAUGCAGACCUGCCCAGCCAAUUACAGCAGCUGUCCUGCAGAGAAGUCCCAGAGCCAGACCUCCUGUCCGUGGAGACUGGGUACAGGCAGCAAAGUGCUGGCGUGUCCUCUGAACGCGUGUCCAGUGGCCCCAGCGGACUGCUCUAGCCAGCAGGUGUGGGAGGCCUUCUCUCAGUGCUUCACCCCCGCCGUGCGCGAGGUGGUGGAGUUCGCCAAGGGCAUCCCAGGCUUCCAGAGCCUCAGCCAGCACGACCAGGUCAUGCUGCUAAAGGCCGGAACAUUCCAGGUCCUCAUGGUGCGGUUCUGCUCUCUCUUCAGGCCUGGGGAGCGGGCACUGACCUUCCUGAACGGGCAGACGUACCCGCUGUCCGUGCUGCGGGCUCUGGGCAUGGGCUCCCUGCUGGACGCCAUGUUUGAGUUCAGUGAGAAGCUGGGCGCUCUGGGCCUGCAGGCCGAUGAGAUGGCCCUGUUCAUGGCCCUGGUGCUGGUCUCUGCAGACCGCUCCGGGGUGCUGAACGUGGGGGCGGUGGAGCAGCUGCAGGAGCGGCUAAUCAGAGCCCUGCGCUCCCUCAUCACUCGACGUCGCCCCGGCAACAGCGCACUCUUCCCCAAACUGCUCCUGCGCCUGCCCGACCUGCGCACCCUCAACACCCUGCACUCCGACAAGCUGCUGGCCUUCCGCAUCGACCCCUGACCUGCCCCUCUCCUCCAAUCACAACCCUCCUGUCUGCUUAACCACUCCCCAAGGAGUAACCCCGCCCCCACCCUUCACAGAACUGCAGAAAAAAGGAACAAUGUUCCACUGAGACAAUGCCAGUCUUGAAACUGUUUUGGUAAACACACACAUAAAUACACAUACAAUGACAAAAUUAAAUAGAAUAAGGCCAGCAUGAAUGGAUUAAUUAACCUUUUAAUGUUUUGUUUACUUUUUAGCUCCUAUGAAACUGUUAGCCUGGGUCACAUAGACCCAGGACAUUAUUGGCAUUUUAAGGUAAUACCGAAUUUACUUUAAAAUCAAACAAUUACUUUAAAACAGGUCAGUUUUACCCAAAACGAACAUAAGGGUUAAGGACCAGAAAUAAGUGUUUGAGCAUGCAUGUGUGUAUUUACUCGAGUGUGUGUGUGUGAAUGCACAUGUAUUCGUGUGUGUGCAUGCAUCUAUCUGUAUGUGUGUGUGUGUGUGUGUGUGUGUGAGAGAGAGAGAGAGAAAGAGAGAGAGAGCAUGUAUGUUUGUGUUAAUAGAAAGGUAAUGUUUUUUUUUGUACAUAACAUGUAUAGGUAAAACAUAGUAAAUCAGAACUUCUUAUAUAUCAGCCAUUUAUAUUUUGGAGUAUUGAAUAAGAGGCUGUAAAAGGGCAUAUAGUACAGUGUGGGACACUCCACCAGACAGCUUUGUAAUAACCAGUAUAAUUUGAUAAAAAAUAAAUCACACAAUUAUCUCUGCCAUUUCAAAUCUGAAAGCUAAGAUCAAAUCAUAAAAAUUGUUUUCAUCUACAAUUAAAGAUGCAGUUCAGUCAUAUGCAAACUAUUCCCUCAAACGGCUUCCAAGUGUCCAAUAUUUUACCCAAUCAGGGAGAGCCCAUGUGACCUUUUGUCAGAUGUGUGUUUUGAUUUGGUUUGAUUUCAGGUUUUGUAAAUACUGUAUUCUGAGUGUUUGAAUUUUGUCUGGUGGACCACAACAGAGGGGAAUACUUUGGGGUCCAUUUUAAGUGUAUAUUUUGUAGGAUGUAAUCAUGGGGUCCAGGGGAAUUUGGUUAAAAGAGUCAAAAAACGUCUGGUGGCACCAACUAUCGGUUUGAACCUAAGUAAAACCAGCAGCUACCCUACAGCCCCAUACCCUACCUUUCCAGCCAGAACCCUGAGUCCAACUCACACUUGAAUUGUUUGUUGUUGUUGUUAAAGAUUCUUAGAUUAUUGUUGAUUCAUCACAAUGUACUGUAUAUAUUGUAAAAAAGAAGAAAUGCUAAUAAUGUCUUCUUAAUCUUAAUCUUCUUCCAUUGAAAUAUAAAAAAAAAUGAGAUUAUAUACUGA